AUGUAACUAAACCAAAAAGAAACAGAAAUCAAGAUAAAAGCUAUCCGAAUCGAGAAAUCAAAGGAGAUGUCUCUACAAAAAAAAGAUAUUUCUAUGAAUAUUAAAAUCAAGAACAUUACCGGAAUACUAUUGGGUCCUCAAACUAUUACUUAUUAAAUACUGAUAAAGAAAGGAAGACUUUAGAGAAUAACCGAGAGAUACUGGUCAUUUUUAUCAAUAGUAUCAGCUGAGAGGACCUAUGAUAUCUAGUUCGAGAAGAAGGACGAAUUGAUUAAUUUCUACAUCGCAAUCAAUGAAUUAGUAUCUAGAUCGAAUCCAUAAUUUGACAAAAUAGUAGAUAGAAGAUUUCUCAGGAUACAUUUGACAAGAAUGAAACUUGAGCACAUUGCAGAAAUGCAAGGCCUAUCUAUGAUUUAACUAUUUAAGAAGUCAUUAUACAUUAAAGGACUGAGUUUACCAGAGAUUACUGUGAACGAUCGUAAAUACAAAUUUUAAGUUCUAUCUAAACUAAAUGGACUAAUCUAAUAUACACCUGUUGUUAAUCAUAUUGAGAUUAAUGACUUAUAUUAACUAAGUUAGGCACUAAUAAAUGAUGCCCUAGCUAUAGAAACUGAAAUAUCAAUCAAUAUGAAUAGAGGCCUCAAAAGAGAUGACUCAAAUAUAAAUACAAACGACGUAUAGAGUGCCAGUUAUAUGUAUCAUCCCGGAAUGGGAUAUUCAUCAACUAUUAACUCAGAUAAUUAAUACAUUAAUAGCUUAACUCAAUAAAACUUCAUGUACAAUAAAGCACAAUAAGACUUUGAGGAGUAAAGGAAAGUUGACAGAAUCAAAUCAAUACUCGCAACAUCCAUCAGGUCCAUCUAAAGAAACGCAGUAAGUAAGGCUAAAGAAAAGAAGAGUAUAUUGGCAGGAGAUAGUCUUGUGAGACGAUUUCAAAUGCAAAAAAGAAAAUCUCUUAUGAAAGAUAGUCAAUCUCAUACCAACUUAAUGUUAAGAAGUGGUAAUGUCUCCACUCUUCAUCUUUACAAAAACGAUAAGAGUAACAUUGAGUUAAGUGAUCAUAGUAGUAUAAGCCCGAGGAGAUAUCAUCCUUUGGAUGAAAAUAAUAAUACCUAACUAUUCUUUCAAGAAGAAAAUUAGAAUGAGGAGGAGAAUAAAGAAAAAACAAAGAGUGAUUAUAAAACAAAUGGUGACAAUUCUAAAUCACCCUAGCCAAUUUAAAAAAAGAAAAAAUCACUUUGGGCUAUAUUUGUAAGUAGAUAAAAAAAUAAUCAAAUUAAACAAGGAGUUAAAUAAUCAGUUCAGCUCUAACUGAGUGAGCUUAUCAAAGUAUUUAAUCUUUCAAAGAAAUUUUAUAUGAUCAAACAGAGGAAGCUACCAAAAAUAGUAAGGAAAAAAAUAGAAGAAGCAUUAAAUCAUCAUCUGUAAAAGAAGAUCCUUUAGUGUAAUAAAAUGGCCGACUUUAAUUAGAAGCUUGAGUUUCUAAAUGAUAUGGUAGAUUUUUACUUGCGACAUUGUGAUCAGGAGUCAGAACACUUUAACAUCAUUGCAAAUAGAGUUAUAACCAAAUACCAGCACAUGAUACUUCCCUCACUGUUAGAAGAGAGACUUAAAAGAAAAGUAGAUUACAAUCAACUUCGAAUUAAAUACGAAGAGUAGCAGUAAAUGUACUACCAUUAAAAUGUCAUAGAUAACAAUCUUAGAACUUAAACAAUUGUAUCUUAACCUUAUAAUCCAUAGGGUAAAUAAUAAUAUGACGAAUUUUAGUCCACGUUUAAAAAAGUAGAGUUUAAGUAAAUAGUAGAACUUAAAAGAGCUAAAACAAGGAAAAUGGAUCUUUUUUGA